AUGUCAGCAGACAAGAAUUACUCUGUGCGAAAAGUGACGCGUCUAUGCAACAUGGAGCGGCAACCGGGCCUAGAAGAAGAAUGGGUCGAAGACAAGGAAUUGAGAAUAUGCAAACGGAGGGAGCGUGUGGAGACGAGGAUCCAGGAACUCAGAGCCCCGCCGAAGCCGAAGACUCCGACCCCACCCCCAGAGGUAUCUCACACGGAGGCCCAAUUACAGCAGAGUGCAGAAGGAAUUCGCUCCGUGCUGGCCAACAGCUCCGCCUUCGUGACCAACGUUCACCUGGCAGCCAUCUCCAGGGAAAAAGAGCGACGCCGGCAGCACGAGGAGGAAGAAGCGACUCUGGAAAAAUCCCUCGAUGAAGUGCAUCGCGACUGGAAGAAGAGAUUGGAGGAGAUCCAUUCGCGAUGGGAGUCGGCCGAACGGAUGUCGAGCGCCGAGGAGCUCCGGUUGCUGCUGGCCUCUCAACAAGCGGCCACCGAGGAACUACUCUCGGAGCGAAAGCAGCAGCUGGAGCACAUGCACCAGAAGAUGGAGGAGGACCUGGAGGCCUACGAGACGAGCGUGGGGAAGGACACGGAGGUGUUCGCCCUCCUGACGGCCCGGAUGAGGAAGCAGUACGGGCUGCUCCUCACCCGAUAUCGCAGCGAGGCGCUCAAAAUCCAGGAGGCGAUCCGUAAGGACCAGGAAGAGAUGGGGGCGAAGCAGGAAGAGGAGUUCCGCCAAGAGUUCCAUAGGGUCCAGCAGAAGGAAGAGAGAAACCUGGAGAAGAGGUUGGAACUGGACGAGAAUCGCUUUCGCGCCUUCUGCCUCGGCCGGGAGGAGCGCGAGGAGGCCACGAGGAAGGCCAAGGACGAUCUCGACCGACAGAUCCACGAGAUGAGAGAGCGAGUGGAGGAAAGGAAAGCGGCCUCCGUCCUCUAUGCGGAAAAGCUGGACUACGCGCUGCACGUCCUCAAGAGACGGGAGGCCGAGGCCAAGCUGCUCAAGGCUGACCUCAAAAGGACCAACAAC